AGCUUUAUUGCAGCGGUGCACAGUUGUAAUAGUCCAAUAAGCCACUCUGGGAAUGGGACCGCAUAUCAGCAUCAAGAAAAACUUUGCCUUCUUUCGGAUCAUCCCACUCCGAAGGCAUCUCUUCAUCCAAAGAGAAUAAACUUUUGCUCUGCAAAGAAAGAAACAAGUGUAAGGAAGUCACAAAUGGGAUAAAGCCGAUUUAGAUUAGAGUUUUGGAUGUUUUUUUUUUUUUUCAUUUAGAGUCUCUGUCCUAGAAUAAAGCAAGGGAAGUGUUUUGUUAAAGAGACUGUGUAAAGGUGAGUCUCUGGGGGCCGCAUGGUACUGAAAGGUGUCGCUUCAGGCAGAGAAAUCUUUUGUUGAAAUGGCAAAGUGGUUCAAGGAGUUCCCCAUAACUCUGAAAAAUGGUUCCGACAGAAUCCGCUCUGCUUCUGAAUCAGGGUCACAACCCAGAGUGAGUAAAGCUGCACCGGUGUCCGGUCCUGGUACCAACACAAGCGGCUCCAAGACGGGCCAUCGCAAGAACUCCUCUGCGGACAGCACGGGUGGAAGCGUCGGCUCUCUCCUGUCCAGGAAAAACCGAAAAAACGGGGUGAUCUCACAGAAAGACGGGAAAGUUUGGGAAGGUCUCCUCACUGGGAAGAGUCGCAAGAACUCCAAAGCAGAGGUGGUGCUGGAGGAGCAGGGUCGGCCCCAGAAGAGCUCCCCGCCGGCCAGCAACUACAUCAGCCGCCUCAUCAGGGUGGACGCACAAGACAAGGGGCCCAACUUCAACAGCGGGGCCGUCACCGGGGCAGGGAUGCCUGAAGCUGAGAAACCUGCACAGUGCAAGAUAGAAACACUGAUCAUUCUGGAGGAUUAUGCAGACCCCUUUGAUGCUCAGAAGACCAAAGAACAGAGGGAGGCAGAGAGGGUUGGGGAGAACGACGGCUACAUGGAGCCGUACGAUGCACAGCAGAUGAUAACUGAGAUCAGACGUCGGGGAUCUAAGGACCUGCUGAAGGUGUGCGACUUGAUGGAGGGGAGCGAGGGAACGGUGGAGGAAAGUCAGCCUGCUUCCAUACAGAUCUAUGACAUCCCGUAUGAAGGAAGCGGCGGCUGCGAGAAGACGACGGCGUCCAGGCCGGAGCUGGAUUCACGUCCUGCUGAUGAGUACGAGCUGCCCUGGGAGUGGAGGAAGGAGCACAUUGUUCGAACCCUAUCUGCGCAAUUUGACAGCCCAACCAAAGAUGAGACGUCUCACCUCACACUCACCAGACAGCUGCAGCAUCCAGCCGGCCAGACGCAGCCGCAGCAGCAGCAGCAACAUCAGCAUCAGAGGCAGAAAAGCUGGACCCAAAAGAUACUGCGAUCCUCUCCUCCAACCCUGCUGCGAUCUUCCACCCCGAGUAGCAGCUCUGAAAGUGAGGCCUGCUGUGUUGACCCCUCCCUGCCCCUGGAAAAACAGAGCUGGUACCAUGGCUGUGUGACUCGCCAGGAGGCAGAGUUUCAGUUGCAGUCGAGCAGAGAGGCCAGUUUCCUGGUCAGGAACAGCGAGUCGGACAACAGCAAGUACUCCAUCGCCCUCAAGACGAGCCAGGGCUGCGUUCAUAUCAUGGUUGCACAAACAAAAGAAAAUGGCUACACCCUGGACCAGAGCAGCUGCGUGUUCCCCAGCAUCCCAGAGGUGGUGCACCAUUACUGCACUCAGCGCCUGCCUUUCAACGGGGCCGAGCACAUGACGCUGCUGCACCCGACGCCUCGUAGCCACUGAUUCUACCUCAGAAUAACUUAGGUAUACGAAUACAAACACACCCUUGAAUUGAAAAUGAAUUAAAAAAGAAAUACACCAUAGCAUUCCUUCUGAUUCUACCACCCUCCUUUCAGCAGGCUUCACUUUAUUUCUCAUAUGUCCCUUUUAUUUUAUUUUUUAUUUCUUUUUUACUGAAGACUUGAUCUUUAAAAUGUUGUAAAAGCCUCUAGCUGACUGCUUUUUCCUGUUUAUUUUACUUUGAUGUGCAGCUGAUGCAAAACAGCCAGGCAGCUGUUUUGCAUAUGAACACGCUUGGCCGAUAUGAAAAGACACUUUUACUGAUUUAAAUGUGAACUGGGUUGGUGUAGAACCUGCAGACAUGUCGUUUCAGUCAUGCAUGUACUGGAGGCUGCUGCUGACAUGUUUUGCUGCAGUGAAAUAUUCAGAUUCUUUUUUUUUUAACUAGCAAAAACUAAAAACAUUUGAAUCUCUGACUCUUGUCUCCCUCUGGUGGUCGUGUUGGGACACUGCACUAGUUUACCAGCACAAAGACCUCUCAAAGUUCCCUUGAUAAAGAGCAUGCACACAAGCAUAUUAUUCCACUUAUAAACAUUUGAACCCCAACUCUAUGUGCAUCCUUGCAGAAAUCUGUAAUUUCUGCCUGUAUACUUGUUCUGCAACUGGCGUCUCUUGAGGACUUUUCUGUUUUACUGUGAACGAGGGACUUGUUUCUACUUAAUUAUGUGCACUGUGAGGAAUGAGUGAUUCACCCCCAUACAAUGUGCUUGAUGUAGUAAUGGCUCGACAGUAGUUAAGAGUUUUUACUGGCAAUAUGAGUUUAAAGCUGGACAACAUCUGUAUAAUAUCCAAGCUGUGAUUUGUGUGGAAACUUUCUUUUCACUUCAACACCUUUCAGGAAUAAAAAUGAGACUUCAUUGGACAUUUAAAUAAAAGGAAAGAAAGUCAGAACAAAGGUGUAUUGCUUUAACAACGAAUGAAAUGGAAAGUUUUGUCUCUUUUUAGAUAUUAUUUAUUAUCCAGGCUACUAAAAAGUGCUCCUGUUCUCCUUCAGGCUGUAACAAUUAAUUAAUUUCUCUUCAGAGUUAAAAUAUUUUUGAAUUGAACACCUCCUGGUGCGAAUAGUACAGAAGAGUAUUAGGGCCAGGCAGGAGAAAAAUAAAAAUAAUAUUUUAGAGGAGGAAGAUUUUUAUUUCAUUAUGCACUUCGAGAAAAAAGUCAAUGUCGAGAUUAAUGUUGAAGUAGAAUUUCGAGAAAAAAGUUGAAAUGUUGAGAAAAAAGUCAAAAUGUCGAGAAAAAAGUCGAAAUGUUGAGAAAAAAGUCGAAAUGUUGAGAAAAAAAGUCGAAAAGUCGAGAUUAAUGUUGAAGUAGAAUUUCGAGAAAAAAGUUGAAAUGUUGAGAGAAAAGUCGAGAUUAAUGUUGAAGUACAAUUUCGAAAAAAUUCGAAAUAUCGAGAAAAAAGUCGAAAUGUUGAGGAAAAAGUCAAAAUUUCGUGAAUAAAGUUGAAAUGUGGAGAAAGAAAGGCGAAAUUUCGACUUUAUUUUUUUCUCGAAAUUAUAUUUCAACAUUAAUCUCGACAUUUCGACUUUUAUCUCGAAGUGCACACAAAAAAAAAAUCUACCACUCAAUUUUUUAUACGAUAAAUAACAAUCUUAGUUUCACUGGUAGAUUUGUAUCCUCUUCAUACAUUUUGAACAUAACAAAUCAACAUGUAGAUAUGGUGUAACAGGUUUUGUCUUCCAUCAGUGCAUUUUGACAGCCCAUAUUCAACGGUAUGCUGUAAAUUUGUUUCAGGCACCGUUGACCUGAAUGUAUAAACUUAUUCUUCAAAUGUUGUAAAAUUCAUUCAAUUCAAUCUAUAUGCUGUCAGUCUCCUGUGAGUGUUUUCCCUUGAUACCAAUAAAUAAACUAUAUAA